AUACAACAAAAAACCCUACAUACUUCAACUCAACCUUAUCAUUACAAAUGAAACAUUUGGAGUUGACAAAGCUAUUACUCAUUCCACCACGACCAGUCUUCUUCACAACGAUCUGAACUCUUGCAAUCGCUAUUACUCAUUCCCUCUUUCAAUUUAGGUAGUUGAUUGGUAUUUGAGUGGUUACAACCGAAAGGGUUUCAGUGGAGAUGGCGUCGGUUGGCGUGGCACCAACUUCGGGUUUUAGAGAAGCCAGUGGUAAUGGUGAAAUUGGUGUUGAUAUAUUGCAAGAGGAAAUGAAUGAUAUGAAAAUUAGGGAUGAUAGGGAAAUGGAAGCUACCGCUGUUGACAGCGGCAAUGGAACCGAGACUGGACAUAUCAUUGUGACUACUAUUGGUGGUAAAAAUGGUCAGCCAAAGCAGACUAUAAGCUAUAUGGCAGAGCGUGUUGUAGGACAUGUAUCAUUUGGAGUUGUCUUCCAGGAUAAGUGCUUGGAAACUGGUGAAACUGUGGCUAUUAAAAAGGUUCUUCAAGACAAGAGGUGAUUCCGGGUGAGUGUGGUUUCAUUGCUCAACUCAACGAGGGUCGUCACCUCAAGAAGAGACCAACCGAGUUCAGAGUCGAUAAGGUUCUUCAGCCUUUUGACGGAAACAAGUUCAACUUCACUAAAGUUGGACA